AUGCAGAAACUGGAGCUUAGGCUUGACUGUGCCCCAGAUCUGCGAUGUGAGCAGAAGACUGAGUACCUCCCGAUGUGCCAAAAAUGUGAAACUUGUGAUUUGGCUUGGAAAAUUUUCUCCACCAGGGAGUGGUUUUGUAGGAUUAGCGAGAGGUCCCAGCAGAAAUUUCUUGUAAGGAUUCUGAAGCGGCUGAAAAGUUUGGAAUUACUGGACUAUUUCGAGAAAGUACUCAGUACCUGUCAGGGGAAGGAGUUCACUUAUUUCAGAUGCCGGGCCAUUAUCAACAGGAAAACUGAUAAAAAAAUAACAUGCUCCCUAAUAAAGAAAGUGGAUGAAAAGGCGAAAGACACGAUGCUGGACACUCUGCGAUGGUUUGGAGAUAGUUCCUACCGAACGAAAGUCAACUACGCUUCGCUACUUCUACAAUUGUGCGACAGCUCAUUACUUUUCAGUGCUGCCAGUGUGAUCCGAUUUCUCAUUGUGAGGCAGCAGAGUACAGGUGGAGUGGACUUAGAAGAGGACUCAGAUGUUUCGUUACCAGACAGCCUCAAGGAAUCUCAUCACAACUGCAAGACCUCCUUUUCUAGGCACCACACCUUUUCUUUUUCCAGAACCUCAAAAAGUCAAGUCGUUGAUGGCCAGGGCCAGUCAGAAGACUUUAACUCCAGUGAUGGAAGAUCAGAUGCUCCACUUCCUCAGCAUGGAGAGAUGUUCUCCGAUAGAACAGAUGGUGCCAUGGAAGAUGAACAUUUUACUGUCCACUUGCCUUCCCCUCCUGACUGCAGGAAGCAGUUACCUGAGAUUAGCAAGGGCAAAGACUUCAUCCGAUGCUUGCCUGUCCACAUCUCCAAAUACAUUUUAGGGCUUCUAGACAAAAAAACCCUGAACAAGUGUCUUCUUGUAAGCCGGCACUGGUCUAUGCUGGUGGAGGAGGUCAAGAAGGAUCAAGCAGCACACCAGCAUGUUGAGAAUGAGAUCACACUCCUUCAGGAGACCUAUUCUAAAGGGCUGUACCCUAACUAUGCCAGCAGACCUGGAAUACCAGUUCCUAAGAUAGAUGAAGAUGAUAAAACUACUCACUCAAAAAGUUCAAAAUGGAAACUGAAAUCAAAGGUUGAAUACAAUAUAUGGGCAGCAUACCAGGGUCAGGAGACUGUAACAGUCCAAAUGGAAGAGAAAAAUGUCUUUUGUGGCAACUAUAACAUCCGAAUCCUUUCUGACAGAUGGGACAAUUCCAGGGUCAUUCACUUUUGUGGUGGAAAAUUUGUUGCAAUGACUGUCAACCGAAAGAUAUUGCUGCUGGACAUUAAUCAAAUACACGAUGUGCCCACUUAUUUUCGAGGACAUGCAGGGAGUGUUCAGGCACUCAUACUCUGUGAGAAAGAAUCUUUCGUACUGAGUGGAAGUUAUGAUUUGAGUAUCAGAUAUUGGAACACUGAAUCUGGGCUUUGUACAAAAAUCUUUAAUGGCCAUACAGGCACCAUCACUUGCUUGGAUUUACAUGAGAAUAAACUUGUGUCAGGAUCAAAGGACUGCCAGGUGAAAGUGUGGGACAUGAACACUGCGAGAUGCCUAAAGACUUUCAAACAUAAGGGUCCUGUCAUGGCUGCAAAGAUUAGUAGUACCUACAUUGUGAGUGGCUGUGAGCAAGGCCUGGUGAAAGUGUGGCAUUUAGCAUCAGCCACACUCGUUAAGACUCUCAAUGGCCAUGAAGGACCGGUGAAGUGCCUGUGUUUUGAUGAGUGGCACCUCCUAACAGGAAGCAACGAUGGUUUUGUUAUGGGUUGGAGCAUGGUGGGGAAAUAUGAGCGAUGUCUCAUGGCGUUCAAACAUCCAAGGGAGGUGCUCUGUGUGGCCUUCCUCUAUCUCCGGGUAAUCAGUGGCUGUGCUGAUGGGAAGAUACGCAUAUAUAACUUCUUGAAUGGGACCUGUCUGAAGGUGAUGAAAGCCAAUAGCAGAGGUGACCCAGUGCUGUCCUUCUUUAUUGAGGGCAACAGGAUGGUGAUCAAUACAGAGAGCAACGUUGUGAUGUUCGAGUUUGAAGAAGUUAAAUGGCAGUAUUACUCAGACAAGAAUAAACCACUUACCAAGAAACCCAAGGAGAAGGAAAAGGAAAACAAUGUUUCCUCUGCAAAGGAGUAUAGAACCAGUUAUCCAAAGAUAUACCUUGAAACUGAAGCUAAGUAUACUGGUGAUAUCUUUCAAAUCCAUCGACCUGUAACUGUUGAAACUUCAGAAGCAGCUCUCCAGCGAAUAAAGAAACAGGGCUUACAAUUGCCUCUCUCACCUGACCAGCUCCUUCUGACUGUAAGCUCCCUGCAGCAGACUCACACAGCAAGUAAUACUGACCGUCUCCGUAUCCCAAAAGCCAAUGUCCGUGAUGCUUGGGGACCUGCAGUCCUACAGCAGGAAACUUCAAAUAACUUUCUGGACUUAAAAGAUAUGUCACUCCUACCAGGAAGGGCUGAACAGGCUGCUCAAAUCAAGAAGUUGAAAUCUGCUAGUAUUGGUCCAAGUUUUAAAAGAAGUAGCACCCCAUUUGAAAUCCAAAAAUUGCAGCCCAACUUAAAGAAGUCCUUACACAGCUCUAAGGUAUGUUCUCACAUCCCACAGCCCAUGACUGUCUGUCCUAAGUCCUGUGAAACCUUGAAGGAUGGAGAAGAAAGAGCACACACAAAGACAGGCAACCUGACUAGCACCAAUAUCAUCAAACCUAAUCGUAUGAUAAUUCGAAGCACAGCAGAGUCCUCCUAUCUCCAGGUGAAGCCACCCACAUACGCUGUGACGGCCAAUCCCUAUCGGGUCAAUACUGGGUUCGUGCUCCUGACAAUGAAACAAAAGAAGGAAUACAAUGAAGCCAAAAUGGUGGAGUAUAAGAAUGUGAAACCCAUUAGAACAGCCAAUCCUGAUAAAGCAAGCAAAGUAGCCUGGCUCAGGAAGAUCAAAGGUCUGUCUAUAGAUGACUUCAUGAAGAAAGGGAAAAUAGCAGCCCCUGAAUUUGGACAUAAUACAUUUAUCUGA